AUGGCAGGCAAUUUUGAUAGCGAAAAUCGUUUUAUUCUUACCACGCAACCGCUGCAGAACCUCAAUGUAUCCCAAAAUUUGAGCGGGGCUGUAUCACCACUAGCUACAACUGAAAACUUUAAAGCAGAUCAUAUAUUAGCGAGUUCAAUCACCAAAGAUAUUUUCAAGUUCAGAAUGCAAGAAAAUGUAUCGGCCGAAUUGAAUCAAACUCAAAAUGCCGAGUCUGGAUUAUUAUCGAACCUAUGCGGUACACCAGUUCAACAAUUUAUUACUACCCCAUCAUCGACUGUCCAUAUGGGUGCUAAACCCAGACGAAUGUCGAUUAUCAAGCCAUCAAAUAGCGACGAAUUUCUUUCAGAGCGCGCGCUUUCUGCUUCUCGAGGUCGCCAAAUAUCUACUGUUCCAGUCGAUGUCAUGAGUGAUAUUCAUGAAAUUGAAAGUUUUAUUCCCAAAAUUGCACAAGCUUUGGUCAAAAUCAAUGAGGAAUCCGACGAAGCUGGGCUGUUUGAACUUAUUUUGCCAGCUAAAAUUGAUGGAGAAAUUGAUAUCGAGGUGCAGACAAAACUUCAAUUACAUCUUCAAGCACUGAUUGGUCUGCUCACAAAAAUGAUUCAAACAUUGUCAGCACACAACAAACUCAUUUUUGUAUUCAAUGAGGCACAGUGGAUGGAUUCUUUGUCCUGGGAACUGUUGCUGGAUAUUCUUGGAACAUGUCCUCGCGCAGCCGUGUAUAUUUUUACUCGACCAGAGGGAUCUUUUGAUUGCAGGGACAGCAAAGUUUGUUUGAAGCGUAUCGAGGCUUUACCACGAUCGACAACUCUUUCUGUAGGUGGUCUUAAUAUAAACGAAGCACAUCGGCUAAUUGUUACAACAUGGGCUACCCAAAGUGUUCUUAAAGUGUCACCCAAGAUUGUAGAAAGCAUAUAUAAACGCACAGAUGGAAAUCCAUUUUUUAUCCGGUCUUUGACUGUGGCUAUGAAAGAAUCUGGUCAAUGGCGUGUUAGUCCGGAUGGUGUGCUGUCUACUCAAAAUGGAGACUUUGAUUUUGAAAAGCUUGUUUUGGGAUAUGACCAUCAGAGCAUUAUUGUGGCUCAGUUUGAUCGGUUGGACAGAAAUUUCCAGCUUUUUCUCAAAGUUGCCGCAGUACUUGGCCAGCGGUUUUUGCUCGACGAUGUGCUGUUUUUUCUCACUGGCAUGACGGGUGUAUUUGAACAAAUAGAUCGUAAAAACUACAACCAAAUCAUUCGAGGUGUGCAAACCACAGACAAGUACGGAUUUUUACAACGGGAAAACACUACUUUGGAUGGCAUACUAUUUCAAUUCAAAUCUGCAGUGGUGCGAAAGUGUAUCUACUCAAUGAUGGUUUUAAAGCAGCGACAACAGCUUCAUAAGCAUGUAGCCACAUAUUACGAAACGCGACUCAAUGAUGCCAACAGACAUCGCUAUUUGAUUCCUAUUUUUGAGCAUUUUAUGGAAGCCGAUAACUCCCAAACAAGGAAAAAGAUACAUUAUCUGGAAAUGGUUGCCAGUUUUUAUUAUGAGCGCGGGUUUGUCAAUGAAUGCAUCAAGUUUUACAAGCAGCUACUUGAUAUUGCCGGGUUGUUUCGCAAGGAUCUUCCAGAAGGCAUGGAAUUCAAAAAUGCCACGAUUGCAAAUUGGCACCGAGAACUAGGUCAUAGUUUGUAUUUGAAGGAAGAAUACAUCGAGGCUGAAAAGCAUUUGCUUAUUGGACUUAAGCUUUAUGGUGCAGUAUUUCCAGAUUCAAAUUUUGGAAUAUACUGGGCUACUCGCAAGCAACUUCGAAUACGAGCAAAAAAGGAUGCUGUUUUUUUUCAAAAUUUUGUUAAUGGGUUGGAAGAAUCGACGGAUUACAUUGUCAGUUACCGAGCUCAAAAGUCUGUAUCUUGGCAUUCACUCAAUAAUUUUGGAGGGACUGCAAAUCGACGCCCAGAUCCGCCCAAUAGUCGCGGAUCCGUCGUUAUUCCAUCUUUACUUUUGUCUGGAGCGUUGGGCACUGGACCAGGCAAUACAAACCCUACAUGUCCUGAAGCGGGUGUUCCUACAAUAAUACCUUCAUCUGGUUCAAAUUUAAUUGGUUCGAAUGCCACAGUUCCGGUGAUUGUAGGUGGAUCUGAAGCACCCAUCAUCAAUUCAAAUGGACGUACCAGUCUUCCAAACCUUGUUCCCCAAAUCAUAAACUCGUCUCAAGGAAAUAGCGCUGCUCACGCCCACACAUCUGCCAUCAAUAGUACUAGUAUAGGCGGAAGCAGUAAUCAUGCCCUACCCGAAUAUGACUCAUUGCCUAUACCACACGCGCGAGUUUCUCAAAACAUAUCAUCGGGUACUUCAUCCAAGUAUGGUAUUCGAGACCGUAACACCUCACAGAAUCUUAUUCGUGAGCCUGGAUCCGCACGACAGGGGCCCACUCAUGGUAUCCAGCACAUUUUGUUGAUUUUGGCUGAUUUGUAUUGGAUCUGCAAUCAAUUUCCCAAGCAUAGACUAUGUGUGCUAAUGGGGCUAAACAUGGUGCAAGAGAACACACAGGAUAGUAUACUGUCCAAACUGUUUUCACUUGGAUCAUUGACGCUGUGGAUGACACAGGCAAAGCCUUUUCGAGCCCUAUCCUAUCUGGAUGCCGCCCAACGCUUAGAUGGACGAACAGAUAUUCAUACAUCCAUCUACGUUUCGACAAACCAAUGUGUUCUCAUGUUUUUGAUGGGCAGAUUUCAAGUAGCACUCAAAGCAACAGAUGGACUCCAUUAUCUUGGAACCAUUGCAAGCGACACCCUUAUUCGGAUCCGAGCGCUAAAGCUUCGUCUUUAUAUCCAAACGCUUAGCGGGCCUUAUCAAACAACACUUUCCACUGCCAAGGAUUUGUUUACGUUUGCAACACAACGAGAAUGUAUGGGUGGCCGCUUUACGGCAUGUCUGAAAAUCAUUCAAUGUCUGUUUUGCUUUCCCGAGCAUGCCAAAGAAAUACCAGAAAUGGUAAAAAUACUAGAUGAUAUAUGGAGUACCAGACCAGCAGGUUCGCUAGGACAUACCGACGAAAUGGCUUAUUUCGGUGCUAAAAUCCACCUGCGACAUGUUUUGGGACUACCCUUCAAGAUUUCAGACUUUGUAGAAUUUUCAGACGCGCUAGUCAAAUGCACAUCAUAUGAAUGGGAGUUAUUUCAAGGUAUCCUAUCUGUGGGAUUUGCCAUUUUUGCCGCCCACGAAGCCAAAAUGUUAGAGUUUGCCUUUACGCGUAAAGUGAUUGAUAUGUUAUGUACUCGUAUAUGUUGUCUUCUCAAACCAAUGAAAGGUCUUUUGUUUUCGAAUUCAUUGCGCCGAAUAUUUAAGGGAUUCAAGCUCAUUCAGGCAAAACAGCGAUCCAAAGCGAUUGCAUGUUGGCUCAAGGGAAUCGAUGAGCAGUCUGAAGCAGUCCUGCUUCAAGCCAUCCUAAAUCGACUCAUUGCACAUAAUACUCAAAAUACCACUGAAAUGGGCGUGUUUGAUGCUCGAGCAAAACGAUUGGUGGAUGCAAUCCAGGUUACAUAUUUGUUCGAGUCCAUCUGGAAAUAA